GCACGAGGGAGUUCCACUGGCGAGCUGGAAGGCCACGCCUCCUCCCGCCUCCCCCCGCAGCCCUGUAGCUGGGGGCAGAGCUCAGACUGUCUUCUGAAGAUUGAUGUCUAUUUCCUUGAGCUCUUUAAUUUUGUUGCCAGUUUGGAUAAGCAUGGCACAAAUCCAGCAGGGAGGUCCUGAUGAAAAAGAAAAGACUACAGCACUGAAAGAUUUAUUAUCUAGGAUUGAUUUGGAUGAACUGAUGAAAAAAGAUGAGCCACCUCUUGAUUUUCCAGAUACCCUGGAAGGAUUUGAAUACGCUUUUAAUGAAAAGGGACAGUUAAGACACAUAAAAACUGGGGAACCAUUUGUUUUCAACUACCGAGAAGACUUGCACAGAUGGAACCAGAAAAGAUAUGAAGCUCUAGGGGAGAUCAUCACGAAGUAUGUAUAUGAGCUCCUGGAAAAGGACUGUAAUUUGAAAAAAAUCUCUAUUCCAGUAGAUGCCACUGAGAGUGAACCAAAGAGUUUUAUCUUUAUGAGUGAGGAUGCUUUGACAAAUCCACAGAAACUGAUGGUUUUAAUUCAUGGUAGUGGUGUUGUCAGGGCAGGUCAGUGGGCUAGAAGGCUUAUUAUAAAUGAAGAUCUGGACAGUGGCACACAGAUACCUUUUAUUAAGAGAGCUAUGGAUGAAGGAUACGGAGUAAUAGUGCUGAAUCCCAAUGAAAACUAUAUUGAAGUAGAAAAGCCAAAGAUACAUGUACCGUCAUCUUCUGAUAGUUCAGAUGAACCUGCAGAAAAACGGGAAAGAAAAGAUAAAGUCUCUAAAGAAACAAAGAAACGACGUGAUUUCUAUGAAAAGUAUCGUAACCCCCAAAGAGAAAAAGAAAUGAUGCAGCUCUAUAUCAGAGAAAAUGGUUCCCCUGAAGAACAUGCAGUCUAUGUGUGGGACCAUUUCAUAGCCCAAUCUGCAGCUGAGAAUGUGUUUUUUGUUGCUCACAGCUAUGGAGGACUUGCUUUUGUUGAACUGAUGAUUCAACGAGAAGCAGAUGUAAAAAGUAAGGUAACUGCUGUGGCGUUGACAGACUCUGUUCACAAUGUGUGGCAUCAAGAAGCAGGCAAAACGAUUCGAGAAUGGAUGAGAGAGAAUUGUUGUAAUUGGGUCUCUAGCUCAGAACCAUUAGAUACAUCAGUGGAGUCCAUGCUGCCCGAUUGUCCUCGAGUCUCAGCAGGCACCGACCGUCACGAGCUAACUUCCUGGAAGAGCUUCCCGUCUAUUUUCAAAUUCUUUACCGAAGCCUCUGAGGCAAAGAGCAGUUCCCUCAAGCCGGCUCUGACGCGGCGCUCCCACAGAAUAAAGCACGAAGAGCUGUAAGAGGAGAGCGAGCGAGACGGGGGAGGGGAAGCCAAGGCGCCACACUCGAGCAUGCAUCCACACAUCUCCUAACUGCUUGUUGUCGGCGAGCAGACUCCCAGCCCCUCAUUAGAUUGUUUUCUUCCUAGAGCACAGGGUCGUGAUAUAUACAUCUAAAUAGCGUUUUGCAUUAUUUCUAGAUGAGUGCAACUGUCAAAGCAAUAUGGGUUCACUGGUCGUGCUUCCUGCGGGCUGAGCUCUGGCUUCGCGCUGCCCGUCAGCGCGCAGAUUAAGGCUGACAGCGCCCUGCCCGGCGCGGCCGGCGCGCCUCUAAUUGCCCUGACGGAGCCCGAGCCCGCACUGCGGGGCGAGCGGCGUCUGCGCGGUCCUACCGCCCGCUGCAGCGCAGCCGCCGCUCGCCCCGGCCCCCGGCCCCCCUCAAUCAUGUCCUUUUUUUUUUUUUUUUUUUUUCUUUCCCCCACCGAGCAGAAGAAAACUUUUAUUCUAGAUUUCAAACUUCCAUUUUAAGUGGGUUUCUCCCUAAGGGCCUCUUGAGCCUCUUUUUUUUUUUUUUUUUUAAAGAAGUCCCCUCCAUCCCCUCAGAAAAAUUUGAAUUUAAAUUCAGAUUUAAAUUCAGAACGUGAAUACAGUGAUGUACUGUGUGGUCUUGGGAGUGCAAAUUGUUCUCUAACCAUCUAUUUUCAUUUCGAGACCAGAAGAAAAACUUUACAUAAAAAUCUCUGAAGUACCGAGUACACAUUACCGCUGACAAAUCCUUGCAGUUGAAUAGGAGAUUUUUUACACAAGUAUCUAAUUUCAGGAGACAUUGUUUCAACCAAAACAUAAUGAUGAGCAAAUCUUUUAAGCGUGAAAGGUCCCAUUUUCAGUGGAAUUUCCAACUUUAUCAUUAGAAUUGACUUUACUUUUUAAAUGUGUAAUGUGUAUUGAGUGGCGUUGUAAUUUAGAUCGCACACUUGUUUUGCUUUUUAAACCUUAAUGUGGAGAAAGUUUGUUGUUGUUGGUAAUCCCAACUAGAAUGGUCUAUUCUGAUUCGUGGAGUUCGACCCUGUUAGGGAUAGUAUUUUAUUGUCAUCAGGCGAGUGAAUCUUGUCUCUUUCGCCUUUUCUUUCUGAAAGGCUGAGUGGGGUUGAGAUGCUUUUUUUUAGUUUUCUGCUCCAAGAGAAGGGGAAAGACCUAGUGUGAAAGAUUUUCUCCUCUCAAUCCAACUAAUUUUUAGUAUUCCACUUCCUCUGUAGGGUUUUGCUCUACAGUUUCCACAGUUACUGUAAUCCAGCUAAUAUCUGGCCAACACUGUGAAAUAUAAGAGGCAAAAUAAGUUAAGAUUUUGCUGACUUUUACAUUCAGUUAUUAAAUCUUAACAUCAAUUUUUAAUUACUUGUAUUUAAUUACUUAGUGAAGAUUCUGUUUCUAGCAGGUGAAGAUCUGAAUUUAAUAUUUUUUCAUCCUUUUUUAAAGUGUAUGCAACAAUAUGCCUGCCUUAUUCCAGGACAUGAUAAAAUGUACCCAAAACGACUUAGAACUGUCUGACUUUACAGGAAAAUAACUUAAAAUAACCACCUCAUGGAUAAAAUGUUUUUAUAUUAUGAACCGAUUUCUGCAGGUUUUAAAACUGAAAAUAUCUGUGUUUGGUAGACAUUAAUUCGUUCUUAUAGUUUUAAUGAUGGCAAAUCAAAUGAUCGUCUUUCAGUGGUCAUAUAUGCAUAUCUUUUGAUAUUAUUUUAGCAGAAACAAUGUAGGAAGAAACAUCAAAACGUCAUUUUAUCCAGCUCCUGGAUAACUUAAAAUGCAUAACCCCAACAGUGUCCAGCGUGUUGAUCUGCAGUCUUUUCUGUUUUAGAAGUAAUGGUGAACUGUGUACAAUAAUGGUACCUUCCUUUGAGAGGGUUUGAGAAGUGACGUGGAUUGAAUAUAUUAUUCAAAGUGUUAUAAAUUGUGUGGUGUUUUCACUAUAUGAAAGUAUUCACGGGAGAACUAGUUUCAUUGCUUUUUUAAAAAUCAGCACUUGUACAGUGCUAAAUUUAUGAAGCUUAUGCACCUGAAUUAGAGCAGACAAAAUAUGCUCAGCUUAUAAACUGAAUCACUCCUGUUCCUUCUCAGUUUUCUCACUUCUCUUUUUGAAAACCUUUACUUGCGACCAGAGUGAAUCACUGUUUAAUUGCCUUUAAUACUUUAAAACUACUGGGUUGUUAGCCUCGCUUAACUAUCUAUGGAGAUCUAUUUGCAAACUUAAGUUGUGCAAAUGUAAUUUCUACUUAGGGAUCUGAGCUGUAGCAACCCGGAGAGAGCUAGGCACACCAGCCGAGACCGCCGACUGAUAAGUGAUAAGAUUCCUUGUAAUGGAGGAUUUUUUAACCUGUUGAUUAUGUGUCUGCGGGUGUAAAUGUAGUAAUAUCAAGCCACCUCAAUUUUCCUAGAGUAGUAACAAUCAGUUGGUAGUGGCCCGCCUGCUUGGAGGCGACAAGUGUUAACAGUAUUUCUGCUCUGAUCUUCCCAUUUUGGUUUCUUUAGACAGGUUUUUAGCAGAGUAGAGGUUUAAAGUUAGGAUGUAGGCUUUUGUAAAAAUUAUAUACUCAGUUCUUAGAGCAAAUAAAAUAGGAAGCAAGGAGUUGUUGAUAAAUCGGAGAUUCAGAAUAGUCCUAUUAAAACUGCAAAGCCAGAUACUGGCUUGAGAACUUUAUAAAGGUAUCUGACCACUUAGCCGGUAAAAGUUUUCAUGGAUAUUUGAUGGGCGGGGGGAUCUAUUUGUAAUAAUUGUUCUUUUCUCAAGUUUCUGCCGUGAGCUUUGACCUGGAUUGCAUUAUUGUUUAUUAAAAGAGGGGGGGAAGAAAGUAAAGCACAGGAGUUCCAUAUAUAUUAUAUAUUUCUGUUUACCAUUUUAAAAUAAAAACAAUUUUCCCAA